AUGCGUCGAUCUAAAACUCCAGUUCCAUAUGUACCACAAGGUGAUUUUCGACGGACAAUUUUACAAAUAUAUCAUGAUACAGCAGCCAAUGGUGCUCACUUUGGAAGAAAUAAAACAAUACAUAAAAUUAAACAACGUUAUUUUUGGCCAUCAAUGUACAAGGAUAUUAAUAAUUAUAUCAAAUCAUGUAUCCCAUGUGCACAAUUUAAUCCUCGUCGACAAAAAACUCCGGGUACUUUACAACCAAUACAACCACCUGAUGGAGUAUGGCAAUUAGUAGCUAUGGAUUUUCAUGGACCUAUUACACCAAUAUCUCAACGCGGCAAUAAAUAUAUCAUAUCUCUUACCGAUGUUUUAUCCAAAUUCGUUGUUACCAAAGCUGUACGUGAUAAUACAGCUCCAACAGCUGUUAGAUUUCUUAAAGAAGACGUUAUCGCAAAAUUUGGAACACCUCGAUGUCUUCUUACUGACAAUGGAACACAUUUUACAUCAACAUUAAUGAAUGAAUUAUGUAAACAAAUUGGUAUCACACACUUGUAUUCAACACCAUACCAUCCUCAAACUAAUGGUCAAGUUGAAAGAUAUAAUUCAACUAUGGACGCAAAAAUUGCAGCAUUAUCAAAUUUUAAGAAAACUGAUUGGGAUGAUCAAUUACCAUUUGUUACAUUUAAUUAUACUGCUACAAUUCAUUCAACUACAAAACAAAUACCAUUCCAAAUGAUGUACGGACGAUUACCAACAUUACCCUUCGAUUAUCAAGCCGAUAACGUCACAUUAUCAUAUGAUGCUGAACAUACCAUCAAACUCAAAAAUUUUUUGUCAAAAUUAAAUGAACAAGCCAAAUUAAAUAUUCUAAGGAAUCAAGCUCGAUACAAACAACAUUAUGAUAUUCAUCGUUCUGAUCCCUCAUAUAAUAUUGGUGAUUUAGUUCUUGUUAAAACACUCAACACCCGUCACAAAUUCGAUAUUCGUUAUGAAGGACCAUUUAGAAUUAUUAAACAAUUGACACCAAAAACAUUCAUUCUUCAACACGUCAAGAAACCAACUUUACAUCGUCAAGUUACAUCAGACGUGUUAUUACCAAUAUUUGAACGUAUUUAUUAG